UUACCUAUUAGAGACCAAAUUGAUACAUUAAUGAAUUGUAUUCUUGUUUUAUUUCCUUUUACUAAUCUCCGUAUAUUUUUUUUGAAAGCACCGUAUAUAUGUAAUUAUUUAUAUUCACCGUAUAUUUCAAACUUUUUUUAAACAUACAGUGUUUUAUGUAAUUAAUCCAAAGAAAAAGGCCCUAUCUAGCUUGUGUGUAGUUUUGAAAAUAUUUUUAGGUUUUAGAUUUUAAUGGGAGAAUUGGGAUUUUCAAUGGGAUAUUUACACAAUUCAUUACAAUAUCUUUUUUAUUUACUAUAUUAAUACAUUCCAACAUAUUUUCAUAUUUAUAUACAUAUCCUAACCGAUUUUUUAUUUUAAUUACUAUGAUUGUAUAUAUUUUUUCUUUUAAUGAUUUUGUAUUAGUUAUUACUUUCCGUGAUAUAAGUUUAUAUAUUUAUUAUUUUCCUUUUAAUACUUGAUUGCCUUUUUGUUUUCAUUCAAUAAAAUUUCUGAACAACUUUUAAAAAGUCUUUGCCAUUUUGUUUCCCCAAUAAAGCCUUUUUCCCAUUUCAAAAUCAAAACCCCCAAAAUUCCUUAUCUUUAUCUUCCUUACCGUGAUCAUUUACCCCCAAACCCAGUUUUCUCCUUCUGCCAGAAAUUAUAGGAAAUGACCCAAAAUAAAGCUAUCAAGAAGCUAAUGUCUUCAUUUUUAAAAUUGUAGAUAAAUGACCAUUUUACAUUGUUGAUUACCUAAAUUGCCAUUUUUUAUUUAUUUAGGACUGUAUGACUUUAAUAUAGUGGUAUAUGUCUAUUAGUUUUGUUUAAUUAGUUUUUAUUUUAAAGUUAUAUUGAUUUUUUAAUUUUUUUAUAGGUUGUUGGUAUAUUAUUUUCCAAUUAGUGUAUAUGUUUUUUGUGGUAUGGUAUAUAAUUUUUUUUUUUUGUGAUAUUUAAUUUCUAUUUUAUUAUACAUAGUGGUAGUAUAUAAUUUUGUAUCAUGGUAUAUACAUUUUAAUGGUAGUAUAUAACUUUGUUAGCAUAGUAUAUACAUUUUUUAGUAAUAAUUUUGUAAGUUUUGAUAGUAUAUUAUUUUUCAACUCAGUAUAUAUAUUUUGUGGUAUAGUAUAUCAUUCAACAUCCCAUAAAAAACGAAAAAAAAUCAAAAUAACUUUAAAAUAAAAACUAAUUAAACAAAACUAAUAUACAUAUACCAUAAUAUUAAAAUAUUUAGAAUAAAAUAGUAAUUUGUUUGAGGGUGUAUUUGGUAAUAUGUGAUAUUAAAUUGAUGAUUAGGCUAUUUUACUACAAAAUUAAAAACAUGGACAUUUACUUACUUUCACACAGCAUUAAGGGUCAUUUUGCACCAUACCCCUUUCCUAUACCCAGAAAAUACUUAUUUUCCCAUUUCAAAAAUAAAACCCCAUAUUUCCUUCUAUUUCCUUUCCUUAUCGUGAACCCUUACUCCCAAACCCAUUUUUUAUUUUUCAUCAUCCAUUGCCAUGGUAUCAACUCGGAGUGCCGGAGACAAUCUAUCCAUUGAGUCGCCGGAGAAUGAUGGUCCGAUCGAUGAUGACUUUGAAACCGACGAGUCCGAUGAUGACAGAGAUUCCCCACCGAGUGUGAAGAUGCAUGCAACUCUUAAAAAGAUGAAAACUAGAUCACCCCCCUCUGUUAAACCGAGAACUAACAAGAAGUUGAAAAUUGUUGAUGAAGCUGUCCUUGUUCAAGACUCUAUUUCUGACUCCGACCCAAUCCCCGAAUCCCCAUUGAUAAAGGAUUGGGAAUUUUUUUUCAGACCCGAUAAUAGACCGGGUGGGAGGAAGAAGGAUGGUGAUCAAUUUGAUACAUUCGUUGUUCCAAAACUUCCGAAGCAAGGAGAAUGUGAUUGUGGCAUUUUUGUUAUCAAGUAUGCUGAAUUCUUUUUGCAUGGGUGUAUUGAAAAGUUGCCCAAUCCAUUACCUGUUCAAGCAUUCCGGAACAAGAUCGCCGUGAAGUUGUAUAAUCAUGGUGCUCACAAAAUUGAAAAAAAUUGUGGUUCUGAUUCGGAAAAUGUCGGAAGAAAUAAUAGGAUCGUUGUUGCUUAGAAUUUUAAGUUUGUACUUCAUUUAUAAUGUUAUGGUAGAGUUCUGUUUUGUCAGUUUCCUUUAGUAUUUUAUUUUGAGCACAUUAAUUUUAUUCAAGUUUCAAUGGUAUUAAAUUU